AUGGCGCGCGGACUGACAGCCGUGGUGCUGGCAGCCGCGCUUGUCCUAACCCCGCCUCUGCCUACCCCCGUGCUGCACUGGAGAUUGGACGACUCGCAGCAGUCGCAGCUGUCGCAGCAGUCGCAGGCGGAGCAGCCGUUGGGGCAGGCGGGGCAGGCGCAGGAGGGUGAAUGGGAGGCGCAGGCGCAGCAAUGGCGGAGGGCAGGGUUGGGGGUGGGGGUGGAGGUGCGAUGGGACGACGGCGCAGCGCAUGCUUUCCUACUGGAAAAGAUCAAGACGCUGGAGCGCUCCUUGGAAAGCCUGGUCACCUCCAUUAAGAACGGCAAGGCACUUGACAAAUUCAUCACUGUGUGGACAGGCCCUCUGGUGACAUCAGACGUGGUGGACGCGCAGGUCAAGGCAGUUCUCGACGCUGAGAAGAGGGAGGCGGGAUUUAACCUGGAGCGCAUUGGGGAGUAUGUUGUUGAUGCAGCUGCCGAUGCUGCUUCCAAGCUCUCUCGCUUCACUCUUGCAGCGGAGGGCGAGGUCUCUGCGGUGGCCGCAACAGGGCUCGUGGAGGGUGCAUUCGAUAAGUUCCUGGCAUUUGAGCUGUCAACAGUGUUCUCCCACCUGCAGCGCCUAGCCAUCUUCGCCCCCAUUGUCGCCGCUGGCAUGUGGUGGCAAAUGCAGGGUCGGAAUGUCUUCUCUUGGGAUGGGAAAGAGGUCUCCCCUGACGGCAGCAGCAGCAGCAGGUCGGGAGGAGGAGGGCAGGGCGGGUGGGAGUCGGAGGAGGAGGAGGAGGCGAGGCAGCAGCGGGCGCUGCGUGUUCGGAGGGAGCUCCGGCGGAUCGAGCUUAAAGCAGAGCUCAGAGACGAGCUGGCUGCUCUCGGUGAGAGGGCUUUGAGGCCAGGCAUGCCCCCUUCGUCCACGACAGCAGCGGAGCGCAAGGAGGUGGAGGACCUGCUGCUGCAGCUCUGCCAGCUCGGCCCACCUAUUGGAUACCUCACGGGCGGAGCAGCAGACGGAGGGGACUGGGAGGGCGGAGGGGUGCAGGAGUGGGGCGAGAGCGAGGGUUGGGAUGGGGACGGUGGUGCCGGAGGUGCUCCGCUUACGCAUGGAUCGUGGGUGCUCAUCUAUGCUUCAUGCGACCCCGAGCCUCCUCCAUCUACGGACCCGCCUCCCCUGCCGGCCAUUCCCCUCUCGCCCAUGCAGCUGCUGCUCCGGGCGGCAGAACUGCCGGGCCAGCAGCAGCAAGCAGCAUCCCAGCAGCAGCAAGGGCAGUUGGCAGGGCUCUUAACGUCCUUCUCCUCGCUCUCCCUCCAGCCUCUGGAGGUCUGGGGCAACACCGUUCCCUCUGAUGACCUCCCGCUGCUCACGCUCACUCUCCCCGUGCCCCAGGCGAUACAGAGGGCUGUGGCUGCGCGUGCAGCCACGGCAGCGGGGGGUGAGUGGGUGACGUGCUACGUGGAUGAUGAUUUGAGGGUGGAUUGCAACGAGGAAGGGCUGUUCCUCGCGUUUGCCCGUGCAAGUGAAUGA